AUGAUUUGGCCGGCCACGCCGCGCGACCACCUGGACGCCGAGCUGCAGAAGCACAUGAAGCUGUUCCGCGCGCAGCGCAACUUCUUCAUCGCGGGCUUCGCCCUCUACCUGUUCCUGGUGCUGCGCCGUCUGAUCACGCUCAUCUCGAAGCAGGCCGCCCUGGAGGCGAGCAACGAGGCGGCGAUGCGACAGGCGGUCAGCGCCUCCAACGCUGCCAAGAAGCUGAUGGAGGGCAAGGAGAUCAGCGCCGGCGGCGACAAGGAGACGAAGGAGCUGAAGAAGAAGCUGUCCGAGGCGGAGAAGGAGCGCGACUCGGCGCUGAAGAAGGCCGAGGCGCUGCAGUGCCAGGCCGAGGCCACCAGCCGCGAGUACGACCGGCUCAUGGAGGAGCACGCGCAGCUCCAGAAGCAGACGGCCGCCGGUGAUAAGAAGGACGACUGAGCGGCGGCGAGCGCCGGCCCGGUCUAGCCGCCUGUUGGCUCUCUCUGCGGGCAGCUAUGCGAGGGCGCCGGCCGGUACCGGGGCACUGUGCGUACGAUUUUGGUAAAGGACGGAUUGUUAAUUUUGCUGUGUUGGAUGGACAGGCGGUUGUGCAUAGCCAAACCUAUUGUAGACGUGCGACGCCGAGUCCCAAACCCAGUUGUCGGUAGUCGUGUGGCGCUUAAGCGGGGAGGGCUAAAUCGGGCAUAAUGAUGUCUAGAUAAUGCUGCACCAUAAUUCAGAGGAACAUUUAACUAUUGUCCGGCCGUGACGCAGAUCCGUAUGUUCCCGCAGUCAACUCCAGUGGACCCAACGGCUGUCAGAAUUUCUCAGAGUUUCGUUCCGAGCACAAUGAUGCCAUCCCAGAUUGUGCCACUUGAUCCCAAUGUCGCUUGACCGAGGUCGCCGGCCAAGUGGGCUGGCGCCUCGCUAUCCGCGUGCUGUUGUCCUCUGGUAUUUCCCGUCCUCCAGACGGGGGAAUGGUGCCCGGUCGGGGUGUCGCGCCGCUGAUCGGUAAAUGGCUAUCUGGCGGCAGCCAGCGGCACCGCCGCGCUUUGCGAAGAUCACAACACUGUGACGUGCUCACGUUCAAAGUAUUCCCGUGUAUUCAUCGUGCUUUCCCUGGGGUUGAGGCUUGUACAUUCUCCCGCUAUCGUUGGAUUUUAUAAGGAAGGGCAGACGCUUAUGGGCAUGCGAUGUCGCCAUGAUAGCGUUGCAGACGUAUCGUAAUAAAACGAGAACAGAGGUCUC